CAGAAGUAAGUUCGGUUUAAAUCAUUAUUUUCUAUUUGUUAAUUUGUCGAAAUACGAAUAGUGAAUAUCAAGGUUUGUAGUUAGUGUCGUGUGUAAAAAAAAAAAAAAAAAUGACUAAUCGAACGAAUAGAGCUUUGGAUUACUAUAAUGAUUAUAUUGACUGUGCACAAAACUUACCACUGGAUAUACAACGUCACGUGACACAAAUGCGCCAAUGUGAUUUGGAAUAUCAGGAAAUGUUAUUGAAGAUCAGAGCAGUGAUUGAUAGUUCUAAUGGUCCCUUAUCUUCGUACAAUAUGAAUAAGUUAACUAAACUAUUAGUGUCUGGAUUAGAUCUAGGCGAUAGAAAAGUGCAGAUUAUACAACAAAUAAAUGACUUGGUUGAUGAUAAAGUCAGAGGUUUGGAAAAUGGUAGGAAGUAUUUGACCUCUGCUAAAGAACUUGAUAUUCCUAAGCCAAGUAUUAAAGAAAAAACUGAGACAGGUAAUUGUUCUAAAGAACGAAGCAUACCUAGCACCAGUACUAGUUCUAUGACUAAAGAACUGAAAAAACGCAACACAGAUAAUGAUAGUAAUGAAUCAAACAAUGAUGCUAAAAUUGUAAAACGACCACGAAGAAAUAGAGCAGAUGAACCAGAUUACAAAGAAAUUUCUGAUGAUGUUGUGGCCAUUUCAGCUUUACAACAUUCCCAUACUCCUUUGCCAAGAGCUACAGCAACAGCACAAGUACAAUCUCAAGUAACUUUGAAAAAAACUACUCAGAAAACUGAAACUAAAACUAAAAAGAAGGGUAAAUACAAGAAACAACAGAAGGAUAAUUCACCAUCAUUGGAUGAUGAUGAUGACAUAGCAGUUGAUCCUGAUGAACCGACUUAUUGUCUUUGUGAUCAAAUAUCAUACGGAGAAAUGAUAUGUUGCGAUAAUGAUUUAUGUCCAAUAGAAUGGUUUCAUUUUUCAUGUGUUUCAUUAUCAACAAAACCUAAAGGCAAAUGGUUUUGCCCAAAAUGUAGAGGAGAUCGACCAAAUAUUAUGAAACCUAAAGCACAAUUUCUUAAGGAACUUGAGCGGUACAAUAAAGAAAAAGAGGAUAAGGCUUAAUGUUUUAUUUGUUUUACUGUCUAAAAAAAUAU